AGUAAACAGAGAAAAUACUAAUAUUGGAAAUGAGCAUCUGUUGUUGUUUUAAAUUUAUUUAAUAUUAUUAUGUUUUUUAUUUUGUUCUAUACUACAUACAAUACGAAAUAAAUGAAAAUAAUAGAAUAAAUAUACCUAUAGCAAAAUGAUGGAGACGGAGAUAUGUCGUGCCUGCUGUAAUCAGAGCGACUCUCUCAAGUCACUUUACCAGUCGGAAGUAUUUAAUGAAGAUAAGGAAUUAACCCUUGGUGAAGUACUUUCUUACUGCACAAACAUUGAAUUUACUCCAAUAGAAGAUAAGAAGCAUAUUCUACCAGGCUACGUAUGUGCUUCCUGCGAGGAAAUCAUAAUUGCAAUUUUUAAUUUCCGGCAAUUGGUAUUAAGAUCGGAUCAAAUUUUGCGCAGUGGUCUGGUAAUGUACGAUGUUGAACUGUGCAAAGAUAGUAACGAUGAAGAAACGGUUGAAUCUGUGAAUAUAAAUGUAUCUGAGAAUUCAACAGACUCCUGCCAAUCCAAUGCAUCUUCAAUACUACACGAAGAUAGUGCUAAGAAUAGUCCUAACGUUACGCAAAGUACUAAUUUGAGGAACAAGACUCAAACUAAUGAUACAAAAUCGUACAAAACUGAGGUUGAAUGUAAGUCAUGCCAAAGUGUAUAUGAUAAUUACGAUUUAUAUAAUGAGCAUGUUACCAAAUGUAUCGGUUUAACUGCAAUAAAUGAAAAUAACGAUGAGAAUCAAAAAGCUUCUAUACAUAAUUUAAAUAAAUUGUCAAAUUGCCAAAAACUUAAUAACAAUAAUGUUUUUGAGUGCUGUAAAUGUAGUGAAGUAUUUACAUCAGCAAUGAAUCUAAGAAAGCAUAUUUUAAUUCAUUGCGAUAUGAUGACUUACUUCUGUCAUAUAUGCAAAAAAUCGUAUAAAAGUAUUCGUACGUUGCGCACACAUAUGUAUUCACAUACGGAAGAAAAGCCUUUUCAAUGUGAUAUAUGCGGCAAAGUUUUAACACAAAAACAUAUUUUGGUAACUCAUAUGCUGACACACACUGGGGAAAAGCCACAUCAUUGCAAUUUUUGCGGGCAACAGUUUCGCGAUAAAAGAACACUGCUGGUACAUAAGCGUGGUAAACAUAGCAACAUUAGACCUUACAAAUGUUCCCAUUGUAAAAAAUCAUUUGCCACUUCAACUCAAUUAAAAGUGCAUGCCAAGAUUCAUUUCGAUGGUCUUUUAUUUUCAUGUGCCUUAUGUGAUAAAUCUUAUCGGCAAUCUCGUUCACUGCGGUUGCAUAUGCUGGGACAUGCUGGUGAGCGGCCAGUUCAACCAAAAAAUUUUACUUGCAAUAUUUGUGGUAAAAACUAUCAACAAUUAUUUUCAUUGCAAACUCAUAUGAAAACGCAUACAGGUGAAAAGCCUUUCAAAUGCGAAACUUGUGGCAAAACGAUGAUACGAAAAUCUGAUUAUAAAAAACACAUUCUUUCUCACAGCAAUAACAAACCACACGUAUGUGAUAUAUGUGGCAAAUCAUUUCGGUAUUCCAGCAAUCUAAACGUUCAUAAACAAUAUCACAAAGCCAAGAAAUAUAAAUGUGAGUACUGUGAAAUAAGUUAUUAUACCACUCAUUCCUUGAAGCGCCACAUAAGGAGCAGACAUGCUGAACAAACUGAUAAUGAAAAUAAAUUAACUCUGUCGAACGAAGAGGAACGCACAAAUCUGAAUUGCAAUUUAGUACAAAUAUAUUAAAUAUUUCAUUUAUAAGUUAAAGUUAACGUUAAGAUUUAUUUGCAAUAACA